UUUUCACUCAAGCGACUUUAUGUUGCGUCCGUGGACCUGCUAACUAUUGUAGCCUUGAACAGUCUGGCAACUAUCAUUCGAGCUUGCGAUGCAACUUGAGCUUCUCCAGAUGUGAUGUUUAUUCGAUUCUGCCCGCGUCGCGUUGGUUCGUUCUGUGCCGUAUACUGGUCACAAUGGGAAACUCCUGCUGCCAAGAACCCAUUCCCCCCAAGAAUCACACAGAUGGAUUGUAAUGGGUCCAAAUGCCCACUUUCCGUGCUCCGCCAUGGCAACUGGUGAAGCCUGUCACAUGACACACGGUGCGCGGCUCAGUGCUGCGCUCAUAAGUGGGCUGCGACCGCAGAGCAGGUCAGAGAGGCUUCCUCCGUCUCUGGACUCACAUCCAUGCGACGCCGGCGGCUCAGCCUUCUCCUCCUCAUCCUCCUAUGCCUCUUACACCUCCUGCUGAGCCAGACCCGGAACCAAAGAUGAACUGGGCAUCCUUCUAUGCCGUCAUCAGCGGGGUGAACAGACACUCCACGGGCAUCGGCCGCAUCUGGCUCUCCGUCCUCUUCAUCUUCCGCAUCCUGGUCCUGGUCGUCGCCGCCGAGAGCGUGUGGGGCGACGAGAAGUCCGGCUUCACCUGCAACACCCAGCAGCCGGGCUGCAACAGCGUGUGCUACGACCACUUCUUCCCCAUCUCCCACAUCCGCCUGUGGGCCCUGCAGCUCAUCCUGGUGUCCACGCCCGCCCUGCUGGUGGCCAUGCACGUGGCCCACCGGCGGCACGUCGACAAGAGGCUCUACAGGAUGUCGGGACGGACCAACCCCAAGGACCUGGAGCAGAUCAAGACCCAGAAGAUGAAGAUCACGGGGGCUUUGUGGUGGACGUACGUCAUCAGCCUGCUGUUCCGCAUCGUCUUCGAGGUCACGUUCAUGUAUGUGUUUUACAUGAUCUACCCCGGGUACAAGAUGAUCCGGCUGGUGAAGUGCGACUCGUACCCCUGCCCCAACACGGUGGACUGCUUCGUGUCGAGGCCCACGGAGAAGACGGUGUUCACCGUGUUCAUGCUGGCCGUGUCGGGGGUUUGUAUCCUGCUCAACGUGGCGGAGGUGCUCUUCCUGGUGGGGAAGGCCUGCAGCAAGCAGCUCCACGGCGCCGGGGACUGGACUGUGGGCGCCUGGAUUCAGCAGAAGCUCCGCUCAUACUAACCAGCUACAGGGCAGAUUUACACAGUACUGACACUUUACUACUCAGAUGUUAGGUCACAUACUGGAAGUAUCAAUUGCGUAACAUGUCCAGAGGUGCUGUAUUCCAGCUGACCACGUCGUAGGUUUAAUUAUGAUGGACUUUGUGAGGCUUUAAUUUUGAAAUGAACAGCUAUUACUAUUGAAAAGCUCAGACUGUGUCAGGGUUUAUAUUAUGUUCUGUUAUUUAAAUUAAAAGUUGCCUUCUGAUCAAAAUCAAAUAAUAAAUUCUACAUCAAUGA